CGAGUAAAAAGCAACCAUGUCCAUUGAAGCAAUCAACAUCGUCGAGGUGGACGACCAUGGUGGCACCACACUUCCGGCAGCCCAGUCGAUCAGCCACUCUUUCCUCGACAACACCGCCGUAAACGCCGCGACCGAAUUUCUUGACUUUGUCACGAAAAACCUGUCCCGCUCGACGGCCUCGUCCUCCACCAAUUUCCUCCAGAUCGCGAACAAAGUACACACUUCUACCACCGAAACAACAUCUCAAGAACAGCAAGCCGCGGCCGGCACGCUCGAAAAUUAUGUGGCACUAUCGGAAAAAUCCUGGCCCUGCGUGUGGAGCUUGGACGUCUGGCUCACGAUCGCGUUCUGCGUCCUGCUAUCAAAUGCAAAAGUGUCUGGGUCUGGAAGAAUGCAACUUGUAAUGCGUAUUUCAGAACACAGAAAAGUCUCUCAUGCAUAUGUAGCAAAAGCUCCCCACGUUCUGUCAGCAAAGUAGGGGACUUGUCAUGCGGAUUCGGCAUUGCGGAAGCUUCUCGAAAUCUGUGACGCUAGAGCUUCCAUGCCAGACCUUCUGUGUCAUGCAAAAACAGCAUGACUCUUCCAGACCCAGACACUUUUACAUUUGAUAUCUGCUCUUCUUCGGCCUGAUGGUGUUCUUCUGCUGGGCCCUUUCCAAGUUAGAGCCGAAACGGGCGUUGAUGAGCAACAAACUGCUAUCGCAAAACCCUGAUUUCGUCGGACAGAGUGGUCUUGGGAAUGAUUCCACAAUCAACGCACUCUACAACCAGUCGCAAAUGACCGUUCCGCCGGCCAAGCAGUCCACCGUCCGCUUCGGCGGGUAUUCAACCCAGUGGAUCACCGGCCACUCGUUCGACACCGACCCCUCUCAAACCGGCAACAACACAACCCAACUCCGCACGGACGGGUACGCGAAAUACGAACAAGAUCUGAUCGCGGGAAAGGAGAAAGGCGAACGAAACACCGACUUCUUAUCUCCUUUCGACACAAGACAACCCACGAUCGCGCGCCACACCAACAUGCCGGUUUCCGACGUUUCGAACACACUGGUCGCGGAGGCGAAAGCAGCGCUGGGGUCGUUGGCUGGAGCUUCUGCGGCGACCGUGAACUCAAACACCUCGUCCCGCCCCUCCAUCCCCCCACUCGACGGGAACGAUCCGCGCGCCACGGCGCAGCAGAAUGCUUCUGGUGUGUCGGUUUUUACGCAGCGGAGCAGAAAUGGAAAGAAGAACGCAGCGUCGAAUAAUGCUGGGGCGAGCAAGAACCAAUCUACGAGCAAGAGCAACGCCACGACUGCAAAUUCAUCAGUCCCGUCGAACGUUCGCGUGACCAAAGUCGCGUACGUGACUCACAACACCGAAGAGGACGUUGGCGGGGCAAGCGGUCACACUGAGGCCUAUCGAGUGGAAACAUGAUAGAUCUUCGUCUAGGGGUGGUCGCUGGUCGGAAAAGUUCACAUGAUGGUGCUGCAUAAAAAUCAAAAUAUGACAUUGCUUUACUUUCGGCAGAAUACCAAUACGUGACGGACGAGUUCUUGAGAGUCAUGCUAGCCGACCAUGACAAAUCUAUCGAGUCUUUGCCUUCCUCUUCCCGACCUCCAUCCUGUAGAAGUAGAACUACCAUUUGCACAGCUCCAUAAACCCUUCGAGGCCGCUAUGCUUCGUACGCAAAUGCAGGAGCAACGGCAGAAGGUGCACAACACAAAUUACGCCGCCAAAGCGGCGCUCAUCAAGAAGUCCAUUUCGCGCAUCCCCGACUUUUAUCAAAUGCAAAAAUGUCUGGGUCUGGAAGGUUGGAACUUGUGAUGCUAACUUCGCACUCUAAAAAACACUGUAUUGCAUGACCAGCAACAGGGCUCUAGUUUGUGCUACGCGGGGGGGCGUUUGUCAUGCGGAGUAGGCAUCAGGAAGCCCUCUCAAAAUCUGUUAUGCUAGGGCGUGCAUUACAGACGUCCUGGGUCAUGCAAAACAUGCAUGACAAGUCUCAGAAUCUUCCAGACCUAGACAUUUUUACAUUUGAUAACUUCGAAAUCAAUCCGAACGCCGACGACGUGAUCGUCCGGGACUCCGUAGCGAGUAUGAACUGCAAAAGUAUUGUAGUACGAAUUGCAUUUAUGCAUUACAAAUUUCUUUUUCAAGCUAAAUCAGCAUGACAAAUUCCAUUUGUCAUGCUGAGCUAAUUUGUAUUGCACUACUACGAGUCGUGCGAUACAUUUGCAGUGCAUAGCGAGCUCGUCGUACCAAAACGUGCUGAAGGGCUCCAUCGUCGCGAACAGCGACAACAUCCAGUCGGCGCAAUUCGGCGAAGUGGUCGUCAGUCCGGGCGGGAAAACAAUCGACAUCCGGAGCGAAGGGGGUGGGAACGGCGGGGUAAAUCCGGACGCCCUGUGGACCUUUUCGUAAGAAGUGACUGAUUUUUGAUAUACGAAUUCGGUCCGCGGGGUGGUGCAGGCGAAUCAACUUUGUUUUUGUCUCCUUCAUUGGUGGAGAGGAGUUUAUCACUCUGUGGUCGUCUCGGUUGGCGUCGCUAAUGUGCUAGUGUUUGUUCAUGUUUUACAACUUUUUGCUUUCGCUUUAUUGAGUUAUUUACUACGUUUGCUUACAGCUACUUUAUUACCAUGUAGAAGUGCAUUUCAGUUUGUUUUCCAGUAUUGAGUUCACAAUUCGCGAACAGCUGAUGGCAACCAUUACAGUUGUCUAUCGAAAACCUUUUGAAUUUACAGUCACAACACUUUCACUUUGACAUUUCAGUAUAUCCAAUUUCUUGUAUUUCUGUUGAAACAUGCAUGUACAUCUUCAAAAAUCUUUACAUCUUAACACUCUAGUUCGUUUUCAGCGCAGGUCAACAUGCCGGCUCUCGAGGUGGUAGCAGGAGGCAUGGGAACACGUUUGAAUGAAAGGAAGUUCCGCUUCCGGCGUCUACUUCAAACGGAUGGAUAAGUGUAGCACGACCUGUAGCAGCCUUAGCGUCCAACGUGUCGGUAAAUAAGGACGAGUUGUACUAUGGACGGAAUGCGCAUGCGAUAUAUAUUGUGUCAACGAAACGCGGCUGGCGGGUCCACCUCACAGCAACGUCAACUUCCUGCACUGUUCAUACUAAG